AUGAAUAACUAUACACUGUACGUCACCAAACCUGAAGCUUCUGUCAGUGUCAACUCCACAAUGCUGCAGACUCUGGAAACGUGCGUGUUGGCGAUCAACUUUCUGGUUGGUGUUCCGACACACUCUUAUGUGAUCUGGCUCAUCGUCACAGGAAGGGGGAUUUCAUCAGAGUUCUUCUUUCUCAAUGUCUCUGUUUGUGAGCUGGGCAACUGUCUGAAUUGCUUGUUCUUUGUACUGAACAUGUGGACUUCAAGACUCUUUGUAAUUGAAUGUUUUUUGAAGGGACUUGUCAUCACCGGUCGUCCUCUGUUUCAGUGUCUGAUGUGUGUGGAGCGUUACCUGGCGGUGGUUCAUCCUAUAACCUUUCUGAAGUACAAACCUCUCAGAUACAGAGUGAUCUGCUCCGCCGCUGCCUGGAUCAUUAUUCUCAGCUCCUGUUUGUGCUGCAUGUUUAUUGUGGUCUUAUCUGUUCUCUAUGUUUUUAUGUGGUUCCUCUCAAUGCAGUUCCUCGUCUUCCUCUCCAUUAACCUGUUUUGUUGUGUGGCUGUUCUCUGAGCUCUGAAGCAGUCAGGACCAGGAGAGAGAGGGAGAGAGAGAGAGGAGGAAAACCACAUGAAGAGAAGAGCGUUUCAUCUCAUUCUCAUAACUACCCUGAAUAUGAUAACCACAUACGUCCCUUAUAUUCUGUCUGGAAUAUUUGUCAUUAUGACGACGCGUGUUGUUUAUGGAUUAUGGGUCACUGGUUUGAUUUGUUAUGUUUUGGCUGGGUUUGUACAGCCUGUUGUUUUUCUGCACCGUGCUGGACAAUUCUUCUGUCUCUCAUCUUGAAAAUGCACAUGCGACUGAAGC